UUCUCCAAGAUGGCGAGCGGCGGCAGUGGGGGGGUAUCGGUGCCUGCGCUGUGGAGUGAAGUGAACCGUUAUGGCCAGAACGGCGACUUCACGCGCGCUCUCAAGACCGUCAACAAGAUACUGCAGAUCAACAAGGAUGAUGUAACCGCCCUGCACUGUAAAGUGGUAUGCCUUAUACAGAAUGGAAGUUUCAAGGAAGCCUUGAAUGUCAUCAAUACUCACGCCAAAGUGUUAGCCAAUAACUCUCUCUCCUUCGAGAAGGCAUAUUGUGAGUACAGGCUGAACAGAAUUGAGAACGCCUUGAAGACAAUAGAAAGUGCCAACCAGCAGACAGACAAACUAAAGGAGCUUUAUGGACAAGUGUUAUACCGUUUGGAACGCUAUGAUGAAUGCUUAGCUGUGUAUAGAGAUCUUGUCCGAAACUCCCAAGAUGAUUAUGAUGAGGAGAGGAAAACAAACCUUUCAGCGGUUAUUGCAGCUCAAAGCAAUUGGGAAAAAGUGGUCCCAGAGAACUUGGGCCUCCAGGAAGGCACACAUGAACUGUGCUACAACGCUGCAUGUGCAUUGAUAGGACAAGGUCAGCUGAACCAGGCAAUGAAAAUCCUACAAAAAGCAGAAGAUCUUUGCCGCCAUUCAUUGUCAGAAGACUCUGAUGGGACUGAGGAAGACCCACAGGCAGAAUUGGCCAUCAUUCAUGGUCAGAUGGCCUAUAUUCUGCAGCUUCAGGGUUGUACAGAGGAGGCUUUGCAACUUUACAAUCAGAUAAUUAAACUAAAGCCGACAGAUGUGGGAUUAUUAGCUGUAAUUGCAAAUAACAUCAUUACCAUUAACAAGGACCAAAAUGUCUUUGACUCCAAGAAGAAGGUGAAAUUAACCAAUGCAGAAGGAGUAGAAUUUAAGCUUUCCAAGAAACAGCUGCAAGCUAUAGAAUUUAAUAAAGCUUUACUUGCUAUGUACACAAACCAGGCAGAGCAAUGUCGCAAAAUAUCUGCCGGUUUACAGUCCCAAAGUCCUGAGCAUCUGCUGCCUGUGUUAAUCCAAGCUGCCCAGCUCUGUCGUGAAAAGCAGCACACAAAAGCAAUAGAGCUGCUUCAGGAAUUUUCAGAUCAGCAUCCAGAAAACGCAGCCGAAAUUAAGCUGACCAUGGCACAGUUGAAAAUUUCCCAAGGUAAUAUUUCCAAAGCAUGUCUAAUAUUGAGAAGCAUAGAGGAGUUAAAGCAUAAGCCAGGCAUGGUGUCUGCAUUAGUGACCAUGUAUAGCCAUGAGGAAGAUAUUGAUGGUGCCAUUGAAGUCUUCACACAAGCUAUCCAGUGGUAUCAAAACCAUCAGCCCAAAUCUCCUGCUCAUUUGUCCUUGAUAAGAGAAGCUGCAAACUUCAAACUCAAAUAUGGGCGGAAGAAGGAGGCAAUUAGUGACCUAGAACAGCUAUGGAAACAAAAUCCAAAAGAUAUUCACACCCUGGCCCAGCUUAUUUCUGCUUACUCACUUGUAGAUCCGGAGAAAGCAAAAGUUCUUAGUAAACACUUACCCUCGUCAGAUAGUAUGUCUCUAAAAGUAGAUGUUGAGGCUCUUGAAAAUUCUCCUGGAGCUACGUACAUUCGGAAGAAGGGUGGAAAAGUUACGGGAGAUACUCAACCAAAGGAGCAAGGUCAAGGAGAUUUGAAAAAGAAGAAGAAGAAAAAGAAAGGAAAACUGCCUAAGAAUUAUGACCCCAAAGUUACCCCAGAUCCAGAAAGAUGGCUGCCAAUGCGAGAACGUUCUUACUACCGAGGAAGAAAGAAGGGUAAAAAGAAGGAUCAGAUUGGAAAAGGGACCCAAGGAGCAACUGCAGGAGGUUCAUCUGAACUGGAUGCCAGUAAAACUGUAAGCAGCCCACCCACCUCCCCAAGACCUGGCACUGCAGCAACAGUAUCUGCCUCUACAAGUAACAUCAUACCCCCAAGACACCAGAAGCCUGCAGGGGCUCCAGCAACAAAAAAGAAACAGCAACAGAAAAAGAAGAAAAGUGGAAAAGGUGGCUGGUGAUUAGAAAAUUCUUGUUGCAGGCUAUUUUUAAACUAGUCUCAAUGGCACUAGGAACAUAAUAAAGGUAACACAGCAAGAAGCACAGAACUGCUCCCUCUUCUGUCCCCAUAUUUUCAGAAAAUAAUUUCUUGUGUAUCAAAUUGAAAAACAUCUUUCUCAAACUCUGCCUAGUAGAGUUGGCCUGCUUGUACCACCUUGCUUUGCACAGAUUAUGAGGACUGAAAAUAAUUGGGCAUUUACCUACCUUGAUAUCUGUUGCAUACCUUAUCUUUGUGUACUCAUUUGAUCUUUUCUCAGUUUCACAAACAAGGCAUGUUCCAGGAGGUUUUCCAGGAUUUAAACAGAAACUAUUUCAACUAGAGUCUGAAGAUACUUGUUUCUGUUUAAGUCUCACUUUAAAUUAUGUCUUAGGAGGCCUUAAGAGGCUGAAAGUGCAAUCUUCUGAGCAUUCCAAAUAUCUGCUUACAAAUAUCACGUGAUAAAAAAGGACCUUAUUAAAACAUUGGUGUUCCUCACUUAAUUAAAUGAGUGCCCACAAGAAAACUAAAGUAACUAUCUUAAAUAAUUUUAACUAUAAAUUCUCUGUCAUGUGAUACUGCAAUAUGGGAUAUUUUUCAUAUAUGUAUGGCUUCUUUGUGCCCCAUAUUGUUUUCAGAUUAUGGUAACAUACUGAUAGUGCCAUGAAAGAAUUCAAGGAAAAAAAUCAAUGUUGCAAGAAGUUGACUCUAAGACACAGUGUUCUGGGGUCAGAUUUGGGUUUGGACUGUCUCAAUUGGAAAGAUUAAUGGCCUCUAUCAAGUACAUGAACGUUGCUUCCUAUGUAGUGAGGGAAUCAAUACCCAAGUUCUGUACCAGGCAGUAUAAAAUCUAACAAGACUGUUAGGCUCAAUUAACAGUAGAUACUCAAAUGGCUCCUUUUGAUAGUUAAUGGUUAUGGCCUUUCAUUACCUUUCUCAAAGUAAUGAAGUAUUUUACAGUCAAUUUGUGGUAUGAAUGUUGCUCUUGUCUUUUCUUGCUUACAAGCCGCUUUCACAUUGAAGAGCUGUGAGACAGACACAUUGGGAUGCCUACCCUGUUAGUAUUCAUUUUAUGUUGCCCAAGAUAUCAUUUAAUUUAGAUUUAGGAGUAUUUCCUUGUGAUCAUAUUAUUCUGUCCUUGUUAAUAAAGUACUCCUGUGUUUGACUCUGAAUAUAUCUACUGAAACUUCUUCAAAGAGUUUUUUUAAAGGCUUUUCUCCUUAACAAGAUGAGAAAUGGGAUUGCUGCCUUUCUGUUUAGCAUAAUCAGAAUCUGCAGUGGCAUCUAAACAAGAGAUCUUCUUAAAAUAAGAAUGAUUUAUUAUGGCAUAAUACUUUUUUGAGCUCUCAGAGAACAGUCUUUUGGUAAGACUAACAGAUAUUUAUUCCUUCUGAAUAUAUACCCUAUUACAGGAAUAAUUGUUAGUAAGUUUAUUUAGGAUUCCAUUAAAUUUCUGUGGUGAAGGAUAAUCAUUUUUUAGGUUAACUAAACAACAGAAUUUUGGUGAAAAUAAUCCAUCGUGAGAAAUUUGACCUAAGGUACAACAGUGAAAUUUAUAGUUUUCUAUUUAGUCAUUGUUAUUGGCAGCCAUUGCCAUUGGUAGUCAUUGCUAAACAACCGAAACCCAGUUCAAAUAAAUAAAUUAAUUGUCAAA